AUGAAUGCCUUGAAAGAUACUAUAGUUACAGGAGUAGUUGUCACUGCAAGUCAUACUGGUUUCAGUAAAUUUUUAUAUCCAAUCCCAUUAGAAUCAAAAUCAGAAUCUUUGCACAAAAAUCUGACAAAUCAAACAAUUCCACAUUAUAUCAAAGAUUUAGAUCAAGUAAUAUUAAAUCUAAAGGCUUUGAUCAAAGAUCUUAAUAUCGAAAAUAUAAAUAAUAAGCAUAUAGAUCAAGACAAAAAAAAACAACCUCAAGAUUUAAGAGAAGCUCAAGCCAAAGGAGAACUACUUAUUGCAAAUUCAGCAGUUCCAUUGGAUGUAAUGGUUAUGUUGACAGAUUGUAAUAACAAGUGGAGUGUCUUCUUCAUAAUGAAAGUGGAAAGUUCAACUAAAAAGUAUUGUAUCACAAAUGCAAAAUUGAUGAUUGUGGUAGGGCAUUAG